AGUUGCGUGUCCAGAGCGGAAUAUUGAGCGCUGAAUGCUUGCUAAACCGCGUUUUGUGGCUUCUGUUCGCUGUGGCCUGCUUAAGAAAGAACCUGGGAGACCCUCAAGCCACACAAUGGAGGCAGUGACCUUUGAGGAUGUGGCCGUGAACUUCACCAUGGAGGAGUGGGCUUUGCUGAAUCCAUCCCAAAAGAAGCUCUACAGAGAUGUGAUGGGGGAAACUUUUAGGAACAUGGCUGCCAUAGGAAGAGCUGAUGAUAACCUGGAAGUUGGAAAAGAAUACAAAAAUUACUGGCAAUAUCUAAGAAAUGAAGAGGUAGGGAAAUGCUAUCAGUAUACAAGUUGGAAUCAAUAUGAAGAAAUAUUCCUUUGUAGUCCAGAUGCUAAUGUGGAUGUGAGACAAACAGCCACACACAAUGAUGUAGAGAUCCAUGAAACAGAUUGCAGUGGAGGGAAACCCUAUGUAUGUAAGCAAUGUGGGAAAGCUUUUACCACACGUGGAUAUUGUCAAAUAUAUGAAAGCCUUCACACUGGAGAGAAACCCUAUGUAUGUAGGCAGUGUGAGAAAGCUUUUACCACA